GCUGGUGGUAGCAGAGCUGGUGCUGGUGGCGGCGGCGCUGCCCUUUUUGAAUACCUCCCGCAGCUCGGAGUGCUGGCAGUGCGCUGGGAGCGCCAGUGAAUGUAGCCCCGCAGAGCCAAUGAGCUGGGACCGGAUGCGAUAUAUCCUCUGGGACAACAACUGCUCUGUUCCUCCUCAGAUCCACAUGACGCCAUUUACUGCUGCUUUUGCAGAGAGAUCACCCUACCUCCUCCGGAAAGAAAAAGAGAGAGAGGGGGAGAGCGAGCGAGCAGAAAAACGCCGAGCCCCUACAGCUCAGAUCUCAAAUCUUCCUCCUCCUUCUCCAAACACACAACAACAACCACCACCACAAAUCCGCUGCGCUCCCAAAACACCCCCCCGAUUGCAAACCACAGCGCUGCCUGCAACACACACUCGCAGAGGGAGCGAGAAACCUAGAGGGAGAGAGGGGAGAGGAGCUUGCAACGAGCAGCCUCUCAGCAGAACGGCUACAUUGCACAAGCUGCUUUUUUGGAGGAGCUCAGUGGAAGAAAGCUUUGGGAUUUUAUUUUAGAUCCACUUUAUUUUGUUUUCUUUGGCUUUCCCCUUCCUCUCGAUCAUUGGCAACAACAACAAAAAAGUGACUUGGUAUUGGCGAUUCGGCCUCCUGUUCAUUGACGAAAAAAAAAGGAAAGUGUGCGUGAGAGUGAUUUCUUUUUAGGAGCAAAGAAAACCCACCCAGAUCCGGAGAGGUGUUUUUAUUAUUAUUAUUAUAGUAUAUACGCGCACACACAUAUUUAUAAUCGAUCUGGGGAGAGGGACCUAACUUUGCUCUGGACUUUUUACAUGGUGAUCAUUCUUACUCUAAUUUGCAAGUUGGACUAAAGCAGAGUUUGGAAAAGAAUUUUUUUUUGCUUUAGGGCUGGAUUUAUUUGCAAACCGCAGGAAGAAGAAAAUACAAGAGAGAGAGGGGUUUGGUGCAGCGCCGCGAUCACGGAUUUCAGAUGUGUUCUAAGCCUGCUGGGGUGAGCACGCUUCCGGGCACUGAUGGAGACGAGAGCUCAGCACGGCAGUGGGUCGCAGGCCUUGCUACAGGCUCGGCGUGACAGUGGGAGACCACAUGGGGAGCCCGACUUGAGGGAUGUCCUGGCGCAGCAGGUUCACGUGUUGUCCUUGGACCAGAUCAGAGCCAUCCGAAACACAAAUGAGUACACGGAGGGACCGACAGUGGCUCCGCGGCAUGGGGUCAAGUCCACUCCCCGCCUAGCAACCCAACCCAAAAAUGAAAGGCCCCAUGGCUUGCCUGAACAUCGUCAUUUUAGCCGGAUUCAGCACAUGCAAACCCACAUUUCUCCUCGGGCACCUCUGUCCCGCUCCAUCAGCACAGUCAGCACAGGUUCACGGAGCAGUACGAGGACAAGUACGAGCAGUAAUUCCUCUGAACAGAGACUUCUAGGAUCAUCUUCAGGGCCGGUGGCUGAUGGGAUAAUCCGAAUGCAGCCCAAGUCUGAGCUCAAGUCAAAUGAGCUGAAGCUGCUGAGUAAAGAAGACUUGGGAACGCACAUCUACAGGUGCGAGGACUGUGGGAAAUGCAAGUGUAAGGAGUGCACUUAUCCAAGGACCCUCCCAUCAUGUUGGAUCUGUGACAAGCAGUGUCUUUGCUCAGCCCAGAACGUGGUUGAUUACGGGACUUGUGUUUGCUGUGUGAAGGGCCUCUUCUAUCACUGCUCUAAUGAUGAUGAGGACAACUGUGCUGACAACCCCUGCUCUUGCAGUCAGUCACAUUGCUGCACUAGAUGGUCUGCCAUGGGUGUGGUGUCCCUCUUUCUGCCUUGCCUGUGGUGUUACCUGCCAGCCAAGGGUUGCCUUAAAUUGUGCCAGGGCUGUUACGACCGGGUAAACAGGCCUGGGUGCCGCUGUAAACACUCAAACACGGUUUGCUGCAAAGUUCCCAGUGUCCCCCCCAGGAACUUUGAAAAGCCAACAUAGCAUCACUAAUCGGAAAUAGUCAAGUAAUAAGGAUUAUUUUAACAUACAUAUGCAACCAACUAAGCAACUAUGGUCUUGGCACUGUAGUAGAAGGGUUGGGGAUACACUUUGCUUUUUGCAGUGACAUGCUUUUCUCUGUGUGUGCCAUCUUAACUGAUAUGCUUGCUAGAAUCCAGCUAGUGCGAUACAGGGGAAAAAAAAAGGGAUACAGUACAUUGUGACCCACAUAUUGCAUAAGCUAAAGCAACACAGACACUCCUAGGCAACUCUAUUGUUUGUGAAUAGUACUUGCAAAAAUUUGUAAAUUAGCAAAUUACUCCCUUUUUUCAUUGUUUUCUGCCAGAGAUAAUGUGCUAUAUUUUUGUAUAUACAAUAAUAUUUUCAACUGUGAAAAAGUGGUGUCAUAAGACAUGGCACAGUCACAAAAUAUUAUACUAAUAUGUUGUACAUUCGGAAGAAUGUGAAUCAAUCAGUAUGUUUUUAGAUUGUAUUUUGUCUUACAGAAACCUAUUACAAGACUCUGAUUUCCCUUUGGACUUCAUGUAUAUUGUACAGUUACAGUAAAAUUCAGCCUUUAUUUUCUAAUUUUUUCAACAUAUUGUUUAGUGUAAAGAAUAUUUAUUUGAAGUUUUAUUAUUUUAUAAAAAGAAAUAUUUAUUUUAAGAGGCAUCUUACAAAUGUCACCCCUUUUUAUGAGGAUGUCAUAGUUGCUGCAAAUAAGGGGUGAACGAUGCAUAUGUUCACUAUAAAAUAGAAAAUAUAUUAACGUUUGAAAUUAAA